GCGGGAGAAAGAGAGAAAAAGAAAAGAAGAAACCCUAGGUACCAUUUUAACAGGUGAUUUUGCUGAUUUGACGUGAUCUAAUGGGUUAAGGAUGAAAUUUUAUCAAACUUAAUUGCUUUCUUUCAUGAAAAAGGUUGAUAGGAUACGAUGCUGACUCUCCGUCCACCAGUGAGACUUAAAUGAGGAAGAUUGGAAGCGUUUUACCAGCCUAUACCUGAAGAAGCUGAAUCGGAAUCGUUUGCUGGUAACAUUGAGCUUGAUGAAGUUGUCCACAUAGUUGAACCCGAAGAUUUUCUCACCCAAAGAACUCAAUUAGAAGAAGUCAGACCCUCAGGAAAAGAUCGUUACAGUUGUGAUAUGUGCUCAGAAACCCAUACAAAAUUUACUACAAUUGUCUGGAUUGGUUACUGGAAGUUCAGAAAUUCUGCAACUGUCCUCGACUAGGUCUAAGUAGGUUAUCUAAGAAGGAUUGCAUAUGCCUUCUUCUUCUAUAAAAAGACAAGAUUUUGAUCACAUAAUCCACCACUUCAAGUUACAAAGUCAGUCAUAAUCAUGGUGUCUUUUAUGAGUUUCCGAGUACGGUUGUUGCUUAUCUUUGCAGUUCUUUCUCUGACUGCAUACUUGGAUGUGGCAUCAGCACAAUGUCUCCCUGGGCAAAGGUUUUUGAAGAGAUUCCCAACCUUAUGUGGUUUAUGUAAUGGCAAGUGUAAUUUCAAAUGUAACAUUUUUGCGGGUGGCCAACCAGGUAAUGGUAUUUGCACCGGAGGUGGUCUGGGCAUGUGCACAUGUUGUUGUGGAAGAGCGAAUCCCCCAAAACCAGUCCCAGCCAAAUCCCCGCCACCGCCAUCACCACCUCCUCCAUCUCCACCACCGCCGCCACCAUCACCCCCUCCUCCAUCUCCACCACCGCCGCCGCCAUCACCACCUCCUCCAUCUCCACCACCACCACCUCCAUCACCACCUCCUCCAUCUCCACCUCCAUCUCCACCACCGCCAUCCCCACCUCCGCCUCCGCCUCCACCUCCAACAGCUCCAGUAGGUUUUUGCAGUGCCGGUCAGACUUCUGAGGUGUCUCCCAUGACCGAUUGUAGUGGCUGUACAAGAGCAUAUUGUGCAACUAAAUGUCCAGGAGGCCAAGCUUCAGUGAAGAAAGUGGGCGGCUGCAAUGACAUUUCAAAAGCAUGUAGGUGUUGUUGCAGUAGCAGUACCCUCUCAUCAUCUACUAAUGCUCUUCGUACAUCGUUAUUCACAGCAGCACAGUGAAUAAUGAUUUUCAGUAAAACAAUCACGUACGUAAUAAAAAUAAGAAGUCUGUGUUUUUAUUGAGUUUGUUUAAGCAUGUAGUAGCUAGCCAGUGAGUGAUCUGUAUUUUUCAUCUUACAUUGAUGUAUCAAUCGCAGAUCAGAAAACGACAUCUUUUCAUUUACAGGCCUCUUAAUGCCCUGAUUUUUAAUUAA